CCAGAUUGGUUCACGUAUCCUAAGUGUAUCUUAUCUGAGAUUCCAUGAUCUUUUCAAUUCGAUCUCCCUGGAAAUGUGCCCAGUGUUCACAAAAGGACACAGAGUGCUGGAGUAACUCAGUGGGUCAGGCGGCAUCUGUGGAGAACAUGGAUAGGUGACGUUUUGAGUUGAGACCCUUCUUGUCUGAAAAAGGAUCUUAAUCCGAAACAGAGAUGCUGCCUGACCUAUUGAGUUACUCCAGCACUCUGUACCCGCUUGUGUAUUAACUAGCAUCUGCAGUUUCUAUGUCUGUCUGGUGUUGAUGCCUGCAUUGGGCUGUCAUUGAUUGUGUGUCUGUAUAUGAAAUAUUUUGCUUUCCCCAUCCCAUUUUCCAUUCCAUUUCUACCAAACAUUUUUACCCAAAGAUGCAUUUCAGACAUUUCAACAGCUGGAGUUUAACGAGUUGGACAACAUUGGAGAGGUUUCCUUGAAGGAGGUCAUCUGGUCCAUUCCCCCGAGAGGAAAAUAGUUUCACAGAACAAUUACCACUGGCGUAUUUGGCAACACAACCCAUUAUUAGUUUGAGAUGUCGACACAGGGAACUGCAGGUGCUGCAUUACAAAAAAAGACACAAAGUGCUGGAGUAAGUCAGCGGGUCGGGCAGUAUCUGUGGAGAGAAGGAAUGGGUAUUAUUUCGGGUCGAGACCCUUCUUCAGACUGGAGAACAUGGAUAGGCGACGUUUCGGGUCGGGGCGGUUAGAGUUGAAAAUGCCUCUCUGUUUAACAUCAACCUGAUGCCCAGCCGCGACCGUCUUGGAGAAUUUCUAACCUUUACGAAGGCACAAACAAAGAUGUAAUCAGUAUUAGUAAUCAUGAAUGAUUCACAAGCCGGGACCAGCAGCUGCGGUGGGGAACUGCUGGGAAUGAGCUGGAGAAACGCUGUGAUAUCUUCUCAAUGUUUACAACGAGGUUUAUAGGCAUGCAACAUGAAAACAAUCCCAAACAGUCUCGACUCGAAACAUCACCCAUUCCUUCUCUCCAGAAAUGCUGCCUGUCCCGCUGAGUUUAUUGUGUCUACCUUCGUUUUUAAACCAGCAUCCGCUGUUCCAUCCUGCACCAAACUCUCACUGGCUGGAAUAAAUUAGAUUAGACCUCAAUUGGAUCAUUAUUCUCAGCAGACCAACAUUGAAUAAAGGGCGGUAGGGGUUUUCCACACCCUUGUCUGUGUGUGGAUGGUGUGGGAAUGGCUGCAGGAAGUGGAGCUCGCUGUUGGGACACUGAAGGAACACUAACACAGACCACCCUCCCGCAAGAGAUCAAAGAUGAGAAAGUGCAACUCUUCAUGAAGUAUUUUGAUGCUAAAGCAAAUGAGAAACUGAGGGAAAUGGAGCAAGCAUGUGGGAAACUAUUGGACAUGGUUGACAAUGUGUUGGCUGUCUACUUGCUGAAGAUGCCAGCUGCAAUCAAAAGGAUGAAGUUGCGAGAUUUCCUUGCUACAGGGGGGACAGAUCACAAUUCCACUGCAGCUGUGAUGGCUGAUCUACCAGAUGAGGGGAUGAUGGCUGAACUUGCCAGCAAGGCAAUGAGAAAAGGCAAGUAUAUCGAGUGGAAAAAGCACGCGGUUAAUCUUCAACUUUAGAUGGUUUAAUGGAAGACUAAUGAUGUGCUUUGUCAGGCAAAGCUCCGCUGAGUUCAAAUGCGACAGAAGCGAAAGGCAGAGGAAAGAUAACGGCCACAAAAUCUUGCACGGUUGCAAAAGCACCUCCGACCAAACCAAGAUCAUUUACCAGUCGUGAUAAGGAAACGUUCAUUAGAAGAAUUGGACCAAAGACGAGCCAGUGUUUGCAUCGUCCGAGAGUGAACCGGUCGCUGCCGAUGAUCAAAAUACCAUUGGCUGAUGGCCAGGCAA